UCAGCUGCUAACUCAAAGGAAAUCAGCCCUCAAGAAACUUUACCGUGCUCCCAUUGACUUCCUGGAAGAGCGAACCACUGGCAUGGCUGACUUGAUUGACUAUGAAUUCUGCGCUCUGGCCGCUGCUUAUCCAUGUCAUCGGAUGGCAGGGAGUCGCUCCGAGCCCGACCGACGAGGGAGCAUUGCGGGCCGGCCACGGGGACCACGGAGAUCCGGGCCACCAGGAGCAUCACAAGGACUCGUACAGCACCUUUGCGUCCGAGUUCUUGGAGUCCAGAUAUCUGUCUGAUGACGGUUACCCUUUUCCCACUGCGCCGCCAGUCGACCCCUUUGCCAGAAUCAAAGUCAACGACUGUGGUGUGACUAAAGGAUGCAUCAGGUAUGGCAAGCCUGGGUGUGAUGCGGAGACGUGCGACUACUUCCUGAGUUACCGUCGCAUCGGGACGGAUGUGGAGUACGAGAUGAGCGCAGACACUGACGGCUGGGUGGCCGUAGGUUUCUCCUCUGACAAGAAAAUGGGAGGCGAUGAUGUCAUGGGCUGCGUCCACGACGACAAUGGCCGCGUGCGCAUCCAUCACUUCUACAACGUAGGCCAGUGGGCAAAAGAGAUCAAGAGGAACCCCGCGAGGGACGAGGAAGGCAUCUUCGAGAACAACCGCGUCACCUGUCGUUUCAAGCGUCCGCUCUAUGUGACGCGAGAGGAGACGCUCGUGGACCUCCACCUGUCGUGGUAUUACCUGUUUGCCUGGGGACCUGCCAUACAAGGCUCCAUCACUAGACACGACAUCGACAAUCCUCCAGUGAGCGAGCGCAUGGUCAGUAUUUACAAAUAUGAGGACAUCUUCAUGCCUUCCACAGCCUAUCAGACCUUCAACUCACCCCUCUGCCUAUUGCUCAUAGUCGCCCUCACCUUCUAUUUGCUAAUGGGAACACCGUGAAGGCGGAGGUGUACGGACAAGAUGUAGCAGCAAUAAAAUAAGUUGCCAUUACGUUGUUGAGCGUGUGCGUUGCACUAUUGGACGUUUUAAAAUCAAAUAUAUCAUGUGGUGUAUACUUCAUGUGCCGCUGCCAAUCUAAAGCAACAAAUACAAAAGUUUUACACUGGACAGUUAUCUUCAUGACAGUAGAUAAUUCACAGCAUGUGCUCAGAAAUGACCACCAAAUGGACCAUAAAAAGAGCAGAUGGCAAAUAUUUACUGGCUCAUGAUUAACUCAGCUGAAGGACAAAGAAGAACCAAUAAUAGACUGUGUCCCUUUAUUAUUUAUUAUUGAAUGUCACCCAAAAAUUGUCGCAUCUUUUUUUGCACGCCCAUGUAUGGCACUCUGUAUGCACAUCUAACUACUUAAAAUGUCAUUUUGUUUACUCAUUGGCUUUGUGUAACAAUAUGGUGGUAUGACAUACUAAUCGCAAUAACUUAAGAAUAUGUUUUAUAAUUUCUAUGGCUGGACAUGAUCACUUAAAAAAAUGUUUUGUAUUCAUUACGCAAUUUUAAUCCCCAAUAGAUAUUUCCAUUUCAGGGAUCAAAAUUUGUGUAAAAAAUAAGAUGAUCUAAAUAUAAGUCUAUCAUUGUCUUUCACUAAAAUAUACUGUAACAUGCACAGUGUGAUGCCUGUAUAAUACCAAUAAAUAUUAAA